CUCCGCUGCCCAGUGGGAGAGGAGGCCGUGGUCACGGAGGUGCGCAUGCGCAGGCCGCCUUCGCCGACACCGGGGAUCGCAGACGGGGCCCGGGGUUGGGUCGGAGUAGAGCGGGCGCAGGAUGGACGAGGACGUGCUGACUACUCUGAAGAUCCUCAUCAUCGGAGAGAGCGGGGUGGGCAAGUCCAGCCUGCUCCUGAGGUUCACAGAUGACACCUUUGAUCCAGAACUUGCAGCAACAAUAGGUGUUGACUUUAAAGUGAAAACUAUUUCAGUGGAUGGAAAUAAGGCUAAACUUGCAAUAUGGGAUACGGCCGGUCAAGAGAGGUUCAGAACCCUAACUCCCAGCUAUUACAGAGGUGCGCAGGGAGUUAUACUAGUUUAUGAUGUCACAAGAAGAGACACCUUUGUUAAACUGGAUAAUUGGUUAAACGAAUUGGAAACAUACUGUACAAGAAAUGACAUAGUAAACAUGCUAGUUGGAAAUAAAAUUGAUAAGGAAAAUCGUGAAGUUGAUAGAAAUGAAGGCCUGAAAUUUGCACGAAAGCAUUCUAUGUUGUUUAUAGAGGCAAGUGCAAAAACCUGUGAUGGUGUUCAGUGUGCCUUUGAGGAGCUUGUUGAAAAGAUCAUUCAGACACCUGGACUGUGGGAAAGUGAAAACCAGAACAAAGGAGUCAAGCUGGCACACAGGGAAGAGAGCCACGGAGGAGGAGCCUGCAGUGGUUAUUGCUCUGUGCUAUAAACUCUGGGAAGUCCGUCUCUUGCAUAUUUGAUCAGAUAGUGACAUCUUUCUGUAUAUAAACUCUUAACUGCUAUUAGGGACCUUGCAGUUUGCACAUAAUUGUUUUUAUCAUGGCAGUGAGUAUUUGCAAGAACUCCCCUCACCGGCUUUCCCAGGUGAAAUGUUAUGGUAAGCAUGCACAGUUUGCAGUCUAUAGUUUGUUUUUUUAAUGUAACGUAAAAUAGGUGUACCUUCAUGAGUACAUUUGGUUUUAUGAUUUACAUUUAUCAUGUCAUUUUUAAAAACAUCCGUCUAGUAUGUGUUGCUGCAAGUCUGCUUUUUUUCUCCCUUUUGCUUAAUUACUGAAUUACUUGGUAUGUAGAGCCGGGACGGUGGGGAGGGGUGGAGGUAUCAUCAGCCUACCCAGGUUCCCGUGAGGAGUGACAAAGCACUAUGCACAACUCUUCUCGGGUGUUGAAGAUGCUUAGUACUAAGUCAAAUUCUCAGUCCAGGAUAGAGCCCAGGGCAAUUCACAAUUAAAUCCCUAUGUUCUGAUGAUGCUUCCAAAAUAGUAUUGAUAAGUUAAAGCAGUUUGGUAUUUUAAUUUCCUCCAGUCUUCGCUCAGUCACCUGGAGCUUUAACCCUGUGUUGCACACAUUGGUUCCUGAUCCUUGGUGUGAUGUAUUAGUUACAUGGCAUCUGGCAGGAUACCGGUAAGACUGGCCCUCAUGUGGGUUUCAGAAGGCCGUGAGCAGUAUAUUCUAACUCCUGUAGUACUUCCACUUUUAAAACCAACAGCUUUCUUCACAAGUGUUGGCAUUAUUAGUCCAGGUGCUCAGGUGUAGUUUGUUGUAUAAUGACUGUCUGUAUCUUACAGCUUCCAUAAAUGGCUAGUUGCUAUUCAAAAACCCGUUUCUGUGUUUUGAAGGUGGGGGAGAAAAACACUAAAUGAUAAUUUGAAAAAGGCAAAUUGCUUCCAGAUUCUGACUGCUGGGGAAAUGCUAUUGCAAUGAGAUCGUUGAUAAUUGACUGUAACAAAUAGCAAGUAGCUUAUUAAAAACCAACCUGUACAGAAUAAUAAACCUUUUCCACAAUAUUCAGUUUUCUAACUCCUUGUUAUGGUAUAUUGUAUGUUUUUUCACUCAUACAUUAUUUAAUUCUUUUGACCUCUGCUAUUUAUGCUCCAUAAGUGAAAUGCACUUAGGUUGCUCACUGUUAAACCCUCAUGAAGAUACUAAUUUUUGCAGUUUAUUCUCUAUGUACUACGAUGGUAAAUGAUAAACAUUUUUGUGUACCUUUG